UACUCACUGGUUAUCAACGAUUCACAAAUCAUCGCAUUUGAUGUUAUCAGUUCCUUAAUUUGUAAAAUAUUUGUGAUAAUGAUAGCAAUUUUCGUAGUAGCGAUACUUGGAGGGGUUCGGUGUUCCAGCAUCAAUUUCAAUUCUACUAGUUUUGGGGUUGCAACUUCAGCAUACCAGAUUGAAGGAGCCUGGAACGAAGAUGGAAAAGGCGAAAGCAUAUGGGACUACUACACACACAAUACGAGAUUAAUAGCAGAUAACAGUACAGGCGACGUGGCAUGUGAUUCAUAUCAUCAAUACAAAGUCGAUAUCGACCUAAUCAAAUCGAUGGGGUUGAAACAGUAUAGAUUCUCAAUAGCUUGGACAAGGAUUUUACCCACAGGCCAAAUAGACAACAUCAAUCAGAAGGGUUUGGAUCAUUAUAGCAAUGUUAUAGAUGCACUGAUCGCUAAUGGAAUCGAACCGGUGGUCACCAUGUAUCACUGGGACCAUCCGAGAAGCCUGGAUAUCUUGGGAGGAUGGAAUCACCCAAAAAUGAUAACUUACAUGAGAGACUACGCUGACACUUUAUUUUUCCACUAUGGAGACAGAGUUAAAACCUGGAUAACUAUUAACGAACCGCAUAGUGUCUGCGUAGUACUAGCACAAAAUCUGGCUGCACGUGUUGAUAGUACGUUUCCACUCGGUACUUCUGAAUAUUUGUGCGCACAUCACAUGUUGUUAGCGCAUAGUGAGAUAUGGGGCCUGUAUCAGAGGAAGUAUAAGAUGACACAAAAAG